AAAAUUUUGUUUGUUUGCAUGUAUCGAAGUGUAUAUAUAUAUAUAAAGGAAAGAAGAAAGAUUAAAAAUUGAAUAUACAAUAUCGUAUAAUUAAAAUUGGGCGUGUAAUGUCGGUCGAUAUUGAAAUUAUUAGCGUAAUAGGGGCCAAUGGCCAACCUUUACCGUUGCAUGGCAAUAGCAUCGGCUCGAAUUGGAGUGGACAUGUUAAACAAGAGCGGCCAGACGAUGCCGAGAUACAAGAGUUAGCGGCAAAAAUGAAAGAGGCCCAAAAGGAUGCCUUGGCCAAACAACAAUUACAAGCGGCUCAAUUAGCAAAUCGACAGGCGAUGGCCAAUGGCGUUGGCUUACAACCACCGGUCAAUAAUGGUGGUCAGACAAACAUUUUAAAUUAUUUAAACCGUCAAAGACCGAAUAAUGUCGCUAAUGCCAAUACAAAUGGCUCAGUGACGACAAAUGGCCGACCGCCAAGCACAGAUGAUAAUAAAAAACCGCCCUGCGAUGAAGAAUCACAAAAAGGUCGCUUUGGUUGGACCACAUUAGGUAAAACAUAUAUACCGUAUAUAUUUCGUGCUUCCGAGAAAUAUUGUUCGGUUCGUAUGGUGGAGAAUAAAUUACUUAAUAAAUAUCUACACUGUCUGCACUCUGAUAUUUAUUCGAGUUGUACAUGUGUGCGUUCCUAUUAUAUUACACAGGCGGAAGCUGCCCUCCUUCACGAUAUCAAUUCCAAACACUGUGAUUGUGAAUUCACCAAAGAAAUCUUUACACAAAAAGAUCUUAUCGUACGCUUGUCGGAUGCCACCAAAUUUUAUCAGUUCCUCGACAUUUGUUAUCGCAAAUUGAUAUCGGGCAGCAAGUCACCCUCAGAGAAAUGCGGCUUUAUACGCAUCAAUAAAGACUCGGUUGUACCGUAUACGGUGCGUAAUGGCGAGCAGGUGGUUCCAUUGUUUUACUUUGAGGGCGAAACUGAGAAUCUUAAACAGAAGGCCGACUUAUUAUCAGGCUGGGACUUGGCCUAUUUAAAGUUCUGUUGCAAAGUUCAGGGCAUACGCAAUGAAUUAUUUUCCAGUGAGAAUGUUGCCGUAAUAUCGUUAACAGAUAUUAAAAGUUACUUUCCAAAUGGCACCGAAUUCGAAGAUUAUUGGCCCAGCAAAGUAGUUGAUUCCAAUUUGCUUAUUGGUAAUCGGUCAAACAGUAAUAAUACAGUAAAUUGGACACGUCAACCCUCGCAACCGCCACCGAAAAGUCUACCGCCAAGCGGAUUAGGUCAGAAAGGACAGCAUGCUUCGGCAUCUGCGGCACACCAAGCGGCUGCUGCGGUCCGUCAACCGGAAUUUAGACCAAGUGCAGACGCCAUUUCAUUGGAAAAUUUCAAUUACGCCGCUUUUCGCUCACUACUAAGACCAGGUCAAUCCGCUUUAUUACAACAACCGACAACAGCGCAACGUCUACAUCCUAAUGCAGCUUUAGCGCAAGCCACCGUACAGGCUUUAACAAAUGGUUCCUUGAUGUCACAACCGCAGAAUAAUUUACCUUUGCUGCACCCACAAAUGUUAGCAUCACAGGCUCAGCAAACACACGCCGCCAACAAUCGCAAUCAAUACCGAACGCCUAUGGAAAAUAUGUUAUUAAAUAAUCGUCAGCAGUAUGCGGCGUAUAAUAAUGCCGCCAUCUCUAUGCAACCGGUUAGCAAUCAUGGCCAGAGCAAUGCCCCACCACCUCUAGUGCGUUCGGCUGGCGGGCAAAAUGCUAAUCAUAUGUCUAGUGUCGAGCAAACGUUGCUGCAUCAACAACAACAGCAAACACAACUACAACAACAAAGACCCAGUACACAACAACAACAGCAACAAAGACAUAUCAAUGUUAAGUUAAACAUAAACAUGAAAUCCUUACUAUCAUCUCCAACAUCCAUGAGUUCCCCGAAAAUGUCGCCCAUGAUAUCACCCUCCACACCUACAGGUGGUAACAGUGCCGCGGCGGCAGCUGCUGCUGCUACCUCGGCGGCACUGUUGACCAAUAAUUUCAAUUUAGCCCCUUCGGCUCCUUCUACACCGCAAGACUAUAAUAAUUUGGCAUUGUGGAAUCAGUUGACUCCCUCUCAACGUUUAUUGUUGACUCAACAAUUUAAAAAUACGGGUAGUUUUUUGGGUGCGAAUGCGAAACCUACAUUUCCAUCUCUACCGUCGCUUCCGUUAGAUACCGAUCUGAUAACUAUGUUAGAUUAUAAUCCCAAUAAAGUGAAAGGGUCGGGUGCAAACAGUACGAACGCGCAUUCUAUGGGGCAAUCGUAUCAUCAUUCGAAUCUCACUAUGAGCCCAAGAACGAAUGGGCAGUUUACUAAACCUCACGUACCGCCUUUAAUACCGGUGAAUUCGUUUGACGCGAAUUCACAAAGAAAAUCGAAUCGUAUGCCAGGCAGCUCCUCUACCGUACCUUUGAAUUCUUCGGCCGCUUUAGAAGAUUUUGAAAAAAAAUUCAAAAUGAAUGAUGAAAUGCGAGCAGUGGUACAAAAAGUAUUAUCUAAUCCCGAUCUUUCAACUUUCAUUCAAACAAAUACUUCGAACACUUUUGUGCCAUUUAUGUCACCGCCGAUGUCUCCGGCGAAUGGUGGUCAUGCUAAUAAUAGCACUUCAGUAUCUAUUGUACCUAAUCCCCAUGUGACCAUAACACCUCAAUUGCCCGCUCAUUUCAAUCAUAACAAUGCCGCGCAUUCGCCUUCAGCUUCUUCAGCUUCUUCUACUUCAUCGUUAACAGGAAGUGGUAGUGUUAGUCGACAGAAAAGCGUUAUUUGCUCGACGGGCGUCUCAAUGUUAACCUCACCCGCUGGUUCUAGUUGUAAUUCCUCUGCCUCCCAUUCUCCUUCCCCGAAUCGGACGAAAUCGACUUACGCAUAUAAUCAAUCACAGCAUCAACAACAACUUUCCUCUUCUACACCCACCACACCUAUGGAAGUAAUUGAUUUAUCUUCCCCUCGAAGGUCCUUGCAAGCAGCAUCUGUAUAUCUGCAACAGCAGCAACAACAACAACAACAGCAGCAAGCUGCCGUAGUAGCUGCCGCUCAACAACAACAGCAACAGCAAGCACAGCAACACCGUUUGGCAGCUGCUGCUGCUGCGGCAGCAGCGGCCGCCCAUCAUUCCCAACCAAAUGGCCGCAACGCGUCUGCUCAAGGCACCGGCAGCAAUAACUCGAACAAUAACAAUUCGGCUAGCAUGCAUUUACAACGACACGCAGCUUUGGCGGCAGCAGCUGCCGCUGCUUCUGAAAGCACUCAACGCUUGUCAAUCAUUCCUGAAAUACCCGCCAAUAAUUUGAAUGUGCAGCCGUAUAAAAUGCAAAAGGUUUUCGUGGAGAAUCAUCUCGUACCCUGCAUUAAUAUGAAAGCGUAUAAUGAUUCAGAACAAUUAAUGACUUUGACUGAUUUUCAAAAGUAUUUUUUCCCCAAUGUACCGCUUGAUCAAUGUAAAUUCUUAAUAGAAACUUUAGACGUCGAACUGUACCGGGGUAAUAGACGCCAAGUCCAGGUACUUAUGGAACAUGAUCGUAGUCAAAAUGAAAAUAUACCGCUGGUUCAAGUGCGUGAUGUUAUUAAAUACAUGACACAACUGACUUUUAUGAUAAGAAAUAAUACCCAGCCACCAAACAAACGAUCACGUAUAAGCUAGGAAUUGAGUUGGGGAGGACAACAUAUAACAACAACAACAACAACAGCAACAUCAUCGUCGACAUCAGCAGCAGCAAUCACAGCAAACGCAAUAGCAGCGCUACAUGAACAUCAACAACAAUUACAACAUCAGCAGUCAUCCCAAAAACACCAACAACAGCACACACAUAACACACAUAGCUCAGACAACAAUAAUAUACCACGCAUACCUUUAGCACCGCCACCGCCACAUCCGCUUGAUAUGUUGUACUCCCAACACAGUCGUCAACACCAACAACAGCAGCAACAACACGUUCUGCAACAACAACAUCAACAACAUUUAUUGAAUAGUAACCAUAUAAUGGAAAAAUCUAACCAAAGUAAAUCUUCAUCUUCUUCGUCAUUAUCAUCGUCAUCCGCAACAAGUUCUCAUAAAACUCACGGAGCAAGUAGUAGUUCGGCUACUUCACUGCGUACCACAACAACAGCUCAACAAUUGGCAGCGGCAGCUGCAGAAAGUGCAGCUGCAUAUUAUACAGCAGCAGCCGCAGCUGCAGCAGCGUCAAUGCUUAAUCCUGCUCUAAAUGCUACUUCCGCAGCCGUAAAUCCAUUUGCUAAUCCUUUAGAUUGGUUAGGAGCAUGCAAUGGUCAAAAGCGUUCAUCGAGUAACGUUCAGUCAGCUACAGUUAAUAACAGUAGCCGUACGGCCGCUAAUGGAAAUACGAAUAGUACUGCGACAACAGACUUUAUGUCAAUGUUUAGCAGUCACAAUUCAGCACAUACUCAUGCCAAUGUUAACGAGUCAGCAUUACAUCAGAGGUCGUCGUCGAAUGCAAGUUCUUCUUCAAUGGCCUCCAGCUCAUCAUUGGGCGGAAAUAAUGGGCAUCACAAGACUUCAUCUGCCGCACAAACGACAGCAACAACCGGUACGGGUAAUAGCAGUGUGGCAACUGGUGCUUCAGCUUCAUCUUCUUUGGCAGCGCAUGCGGCGGCUGCCUCAGCGCUGUUUGGAACUGUGGCACCAUUUUCAGCACCUUCAUUGGUCAAUCCGUAUCCACAUUUGGCGCAUGGUGCUCAUAGCUUGCCAUCGCCCACUAUAUAUCCACCUACACCACCACCCUCAGCGCCAUGGAUUCAUCCAUGGUACGCAGGUGAUACGUUUUAAGGAAGCUAAAAAUUAAUUUAAAAAAUAAUUUA